CCUCGGCCCUGCUGCCCAGGUGAGGCUGGUGCCAACAUCAUCGAGGUGUCUAAAGAGGCCCGGAAGCGGUUCCUGGGCCCCCUGCACCCCUCCUUCAACCUGGUAAAGACCAUCCGCGGCUGCUUGCUGAAAACCCUGCCUGCGGACAGCCAUGAGCGUGCCAGCGGGCGCCUGGGCAUCUCCCUGACCCGCGUGUCGGACGGUGAGAACGUCAUCAUCUCCCACUUCAACUCCAAGGACGAGCUCAUCCAGGCCAAUGUCUGCAGCACCUUCAUCCCGGUGUACUGUGGCCUAAUCCCGCCCUCCCUCCAGGGCGUGCGCUAUGUGGACGGCGGCAUUUCGGACAACCUGCCGCUGUACGAGCUGAAGAACACCAUCACGGUGUCCCCCUUCUCGGGGGAGAGCGACAUCUGCCCGCAGGACAGCUCCACCAACAUCCACGAGCUCCGGGUCACCAACACCAGCAUCCAGUUCAACCUGCGCAACCUCUACCGCCUUUCCAAGGCCCUCUUCCCGCCGGAGCCCAUG